CAGACUGGGAGCGUGAGCAGGAAGGGGGAAACCCCCGCACGGCGGGCGAGCCGCAGCCCGGCCCGUGGGGAGUGUUGGCGAAGGUGGAAGGCCGGGAAGUUUAAAAAAAAGUCUGCGUUCACGGAGGAAAUCCUGACGUUAAAUCCUGAUGACAUCUGUAUCGUGAACUGGAUUCAAAGAUGCCGUUCACACUCAAACUCUUCUUGUUUUCCUCCAGGAAAUGAUGUCACGUCAUGUCACUUUUCCCACUUGAGCAGCACGCUGGAGCACCGGAGGCAAAUUAAUAUAUUGGGAGGAGAGCCAUCGUCCAUCUGCCGUGAUCUCCUCCACGGAGGCUGUUUCUCAAAAUCGCAUCAGUCCAAUUAUCCCCCGUAAAUCACGGCCGGCUGUGAACUCGGGAAACGCCUGGAGCACAUCUGCGCUGGCAGGAGGGAGAACCCUAUACUGAGCAUGCGCAGAGUGUCAUCACCCGGACUGGUUCCUGAUUGGAGGAAUUGAACGCGUUACUAUUGACCCCUCCCACUUGUGUACAUACUAACGUAUAGCGUUGGCUUCAAUUUGAUUUAUCAUGACUACUUUUCCCGUUACAAGUAUUUAAAUGUCUUCGAGGAGGUUGGCGCGCGCGCUCCCCAUCCCAGCUGCUCGCGCACAGCGGGACAACGCGCCACUCAAACAGGACCUCAGCCGCCUCGCCGCGCGCGCGCUGUGAUUGAGACUUUCCCCAGUUCUCACGAGAGGAGUUAUAACGCGUCUUGGUUCACGAUGCAAAGCUUCAUCGGACUCUCGCACCUCUUCUCGGUUCUUCUGCUGCAGCCGGCACCUGCGCAGAUUUCACACCCUCCAGAAGACGGUCACUCGAGAGUGAUGGCGUUCCACGAGGUGAUGGCGAGGAGCAUGUGCCGGCCCAUGGAGCAGUUGGUGGACGUGGAGCAGGAGUACCCGGGGGAAGUGGAGUUCAUCUACAUGCCCGCCUGCGUGCCCCUUUGGCGCUGCUCCGGAUGCUGCGGCGACGAGAACCUGGAGUGCCAGGCCUCCCUCGAACGCAACGUCACUCUGCAGGUGAUGAGGAUUCAUCCCAUGAUAUCCAUGCACCAUGUGGAACUCCCAUUUGUGGAGCAUCAGAGGUGUGAAUGCAGACCCCGUCAGAAACAGACGGAUAAUAAAAGCAGCGGCAGCGAGUCUAUCAAGAACAGACCUCGGAGGAGGAAACACAAGAAGACGGCCAACGGCUGUGGCAAAUGCCAGUUGCCUAAAAAAAAGAUAAAUCUUCACUGAUUCCCAUAGUUUAAUUUGGAGGAGUGACUUUCGGAGCGGCAGACAGCAGCUCGUCUGUGAAUCUUUUAACAGACCACAACAUCUUAACAUCUAGUUGCUUUUGUGUGUGGCUUAAAAAAAUCUGACAUAUGAUACGAGCAGAUUAAUAAUGUACCAGAGAUAAUAGAUAACGUGUGGAAUGCUGUCAGCGUGUAAGGAGGAAGACCGACAUCCGUCCCACGACUCAAUCUUCACUGUGACUUCUGCCGUGUGACUCCUCUGUUAAUCAUGUAUGUAACUUUCUGUAAAGUGUUAUUUUUACUCAUUUUGGGACGCGGCAUUCAUUAAAUAAAAAUGCAGUCCGAAUACAAGAA